AUGCGACGCCUUGAAAGUGAGGAUUGGCGGUUUGGUUUGGCCGAAGCUUUCACAAAUUAUGUGUUUUUUGAGAAGAAACAUUCAUUAAUAUAAAUAGAAAAAGAAUUUUAUUUUAUUCUAAUAGAAAAAAAAAUGGAAUUCAAAGAAGGAAAGUUGGGCAAAGCGAGCCUAGAAAAAGAUUAAUUCACAACUGUUUGUUUUUGGGGGAAGUUACAAAUAGAUCAAAUUUGGGAUUUGAAAUGAUGAAAUCCAAAUGUGAUAUUUGUCUUGGCUUAAAAUUCAAUUAAUAUUUGUUACAUUUAAAUUGACAAAAAUUCUUAAUUAGAAUUUCAAAAUUUUAAUCUUUUCAAGGCCAGAUAAGACCGGCUUGCCACUAUUAUGCGCCGCAAGAACCCUGCGUAAGUUAGCAAGAAAAAAGGCGGGAAGCCCCAUCAAGCUCUCUCUAUCGUCUAUACUUCCCAAUCUCUCUCUUCUUCCCAAGAACCCUAAACCUCUGUCUCGUUAACUGUUCAUGGAUCGAUACGUGGUUCCUCUUCAGCCAUCGCGUGAUAGCCUUAGACCGAUUCGGAGGCAUCGAUGGAAGCGAAGCGCUAUUGAGUUGAAUGGAAGGUUCGAGUCCAGGUACAGGCACGACAUUUCUGGUCUUUUGAUGCAAUCCUAUUCUGAGAUUGGGGCGUUUGCACAUUUGUAUCAUAUCAACGGAGUCCAAUGCCAAACUCAUAUGAAUCGGAUUGCUAAUGGCAUGUAUAUGGAUCUUCAAGUACCAAUUAGAAAGCAGGGCAUCUCUGCACUAGAAUUUGACUCCAAGGGAAUAUACUUGGCUUCUGUGACAAAGUUGGGGUGCUUAACAGUGCAUGACUUUGAAAGUCUUUAUUGUCAGACUAUCGAAAUAUCAACAUGCUUGGAAGAAGGUGAAACAAGACAUUUGCUGCAUCUUUCUACAGAUCAUCAACUUGAUGUAGUUCGUUGGAACCUUGCUAACCAAGACGAGGUUGCGUGCACAUCUAUGAAAAGUAAUGAAGUACUGAUUUUUGAUGUUGGUUACAUCUCUUCUGAACCAGUUGAAGUUUUGCAAAAGAGACAUACUGUCAAUGCACAUAAAGGCUUAUCUGACAUAGCUUUUACUUCAACUGAUGAUUCAAGGUUAUUUGCUUCUGAUAUGUGUGGUGUAAUCCAUUUAUGGGAUAGAAGAGCGAGUGACUUUCCGUGUCUUGAGCUUACAACUAAUUCCCGGACCACCCUUAAUAGUAUCCAAUUAAAUGAAGAAAAUCAGAUCAUUUUUGGAGCUGGCAAACUCGGGGUUAUAUAUAUGUGGGAUCUUCGUGGAGGAAGAACAUCUGCUGCUUUUCAAAGCCAUAAAGAGGUAUAUCAUCCUCCUCUAGCAUCUAUAAAGUUAGCAUCAAUGCUGGAGAAAAUUGAGCCCUUGAAGGCACAAGCAGAUAUCAUUUCAAAGGAAAUACACUCAGUAGAUCUUGAUCCAUCUUGCCCAUAUCAAUUGGCAUUCCAUCUUGAUGACGGUUGGUCAGGUGUUUUGGAUAUUCAUAAUUUUCAAGUGACACAUAUUCAUUGCCCUCCCCCAGCUUGGCUGAAUGGCUCAAAUAGUUCAGCUGAUGUAUCAUAUGUCAGAAAACCGUCAUGGUUACCAACAUAUUCAAUCUAUGCGGUUGGAUCGUCAUCAGAUAAUGGCAUUCAUCUUUUAGAUUUCUAUCCAGACUCCAGUUCUCCCUGUCAUGUUGAGUACAGCGAGGAUAUGCAGAGCUUAUCUGGUGUAAAAAACCAGUGUAAACAAAACAUGUUUGUUCCCUUGUCUGAAGGUGUUACUGCAUGUGCCACUCAUCCCCUCAAUGGCACCAUCAUAGCUGGAACCAAGCAAUCAUCCCUGCUAGUGAUUUCCCAAAGGCAUAAGUCAUGCCAAGGAGACCAUUGCCAAAGCAAAGAGGAAGGCCCUUUGUGAUCAGAGCAAAGUCUAGAUGUCCAGAGUUAGCCGAAUAUCUUUGCACACAUGGAUUUUUAAUCAACUAGGGCCAGAUGGGCUUGUUGAGUUUGGUGCAAGGGGGGCAUGAAAUCCUCCAGCAUGACAAAGGAAACCGUCCAAUGAUAUAUGUGCUUCAAGAACACUUCCAAGCAAUGUCAAAAUAUAAUUUCAUUGAUCA